AGUCCAUCUUGUCUGCAUGGACACGAAAGUGUAAAAUUUUCUCAUCGUCUUGGUUGUUUUAUUUUAAUGGAAAACGUUUGAUGGGUUCUACAACUAUUGGAUCACUGAUUAGGAAAUACGCAGCUGUUGUCAUAUUUCCAACUAUUGUAUUUUCAUCAAUAUUUGCUGAUCUUCGCCGCACUCAAAGGUGGAAAGCAAGAUUAGCUGAGCAGAAUAAAGAGCAAUAAUUAAUACAGCCAUGCGUACCCAAAUCAAUCUGAAAAGAGAAUAUCUCGUUUGCGUAUUUCCUUUUAUUGGAUAUCUCAUUGGCUGGAAAUUGGAUAAAAUGGAAGACGAAAGACUUACUAAAUUUCGAGACAAGUCAGCUCUGUAUAGAAGAGAUCCUCCUCCAGCUGAGCCAUCAUGGUAAUAGAUAAUUUUGAAAAUUCAAAGUAACUAUUAUUAAAAUAUGUCAUUUCUCAAUAAUAUAAUGAUGUAAAAAACAAUUAAACAAACUAGUUUUUGUUUUGUUUAAACUGUAAGUUUAUCAAAUCAAUUAAACUGUAACCACUCAAAGUUUAAUUCCAUUAUAACAUGCUGGUUGAGAAUUUGUUAAAAGUAAAACUUGAAAUAAAAAAUACAUUUCAACAAA